AUGGGGGCGGGGGCCACGGCAGGCAGCGUUUCCUCUGAGCAGCACACUGAGUCAGGGUGGAGGGAGCCUGGCUGGACCCCGGCUGGAGGGGGCAGCCCUGGAGGAUCCUGGAGGCAGUGGGGCUUGAGGGUGAGCACCAGUCCCAUUGAGGGGCCAUCAUCCUCUGGGUCCAUGUGCCCUCCGGGGGACUCUGUGAAGCUGGGCCACACCAUGAUGGAGAAACUAGAGGCUGUGCCUACACUACCCUGCUCAGUCCCUUCCCCAGCAGCCAGCAGCAACUCCCCUGUGUCUGAGCCUGAGCCAGGCACCCCCCAGGAUGGGGACAAUAGCCACCCUGCCUCAUCCCCAACACCCCCAAAGCUGCCUCCCCAUGUGCCUGUCAUCAGCCUGGGCCACAGCAAACCACCAGCCAUGGCCACCACCGAACUAACCACACCUCCCCCACUGCCCUCACUAGUCCCACUUUCUGCCCUGACAGCUGGCCCACCCCCACUGGCCUUGGGUAGCCUGCUCCCGACACACUACCACCCACACCCCUUUCUAAGCAGUGUCUACAUCGGCACCACUGGCUCCUUCAGCAUCUUCCCCAGCAGCCGACUAAAACGGCGGCCCAGUCACUGUGAACCUGACUUGAAUGAAGGUCACCAGCCCCUGAAGGUGGCUCGCCGCGUGUUCACCAACAGCCGGGAGCGCUGGCGGCAACAGAACGUGAACGGGGCCUUCGCAGAGCUGCGCAAACUGCUGCCCACGCACCCGCCCGACCGGAAGCUGAGCAAAAACGAGGUCCUUCGUCUCGCCCUCAAGUACAUAGGCUUCUUGGGCCGUCUGCUGCGGGACCAGGCGGCCGCCCUGGCCCCGGCCCCGGCUCCGGCUCCGGUCCCAGCUGGGGUGGCUCCGCGUAAGCGGGAGCGCAGCGGUGCGGGCGUGAGCGUGGGCGAGAGCACACGCCGGGGGCUGGGGCGCAGGGCAGAGGCCGUGCGCUCCCCUCCAGCCCUCCAGCCCACGGCCGCUUCCCCCCACCCAGAUGGAGCUGAACAACACAUCAAGAGCGAGUGCUCUCUGCGGGACAGGACGGCCAUGGGAUGCGAGGCUCGGUGACCCCCGCGGGUAGAGAUGGGAGGGAUACUACAAGAGGCAUCUGCGCGGACCCCAAGAAGGACACCGCCCCAGAAGAGAGAAGGGUCUUCCGGAGAGCAGACCCUUCACGGACUGCCCUGAAUAUUAGCAGCACUGCCCCCCUCCUCCAGGUCAAUCCCCGAGAUCAAAUGAAUCUACGUGGGAAGAGGGACGAGGAAUAUGCAGGGGUCGUCAAUGGGGAGAAAGGGGUGUCCUGGCUCCUGGAGGGGCCGGGACACCGGUCGAGGUUGCCCUCCUCCCAGGCACACGGUCGGGGAAGAUGGGCGAGAGGGCAUCCAGUGUCUCCAGAGGUCGAGCUCUGACGCUACCUCUCGUCCCCUUGGCACUCUAAGCCCUCCCCACUACUGCCGGCUUUAAUGCGUUUUGCAGUCGGCCCAGCCCAGGAGCCUAAAUAUCCUCCUGGGCGGGGGGGG